UGCCUUCAUUUUCCUCUCUCUAAAAGCAAAGAAUAUUUUUGUAGAUUUAUCUGUCAAAACAAUUUCAAUAAAAACUCCUUUCUAUCUAUCUUUCUCUCUAAAAUUCUCUUUUUCUAGCCUUCUAAUUAGCAUUAACUAUGUCUUUCAGAGGGGUAAGUUGUUGAACCUAUCUUGGUCUUUCAGUUCCAAUUCUAUUGUUAGAUCUGAUUCUUUUUAGUCCAUCCCUGUUUAGAUUCUAUAUCUGAUGUGUUGGUUUGAUUUUUUUUUUUUUUGGGAAUUUUGGGGCAAAGUGAUUUGAAAUUUUUGGAUUUGUUUAUUUGGAAUAAAUCUUUACUUUAGCUGUUCAUCGCUAGAAAAUUAAUGGGUUCUAUUCAGUUUCAAGAAUGUGGUUGUGUAACAUCAUUAUUCAAUGACUUUAGUACAUGGGUUUCACUUGAUUUAGUCUCUGCUUGGAAGUUCUUGUUUGGAACUGAGGUUAAAGAUUUAUGCUUUUUGAAAGUUUUUAGUUUGAUGUGAAUUUUAGUUGUUCUAGCAAGUGCUUUUCUUGAAAAUUCAUGGGCAAAAUAUGAAAUUUGUUUAGGGGACUAAAGGGGUGAGAGUACUACUUUCUAAAUGAAAAUGAGUAUGGCCGUGAUAGACACUUGUUGUAAACUGAAAGGAUGAAAAUAAGGUUAAUUACACAGACACCUCUUCAACUAUCACCGAAUAUCACUUUACCCUUUUAACUCUCAAAUCGUGCAUUCAGAACCCUGCAUUAUAUUCAUCCCUAUCGAGGAGGGCAUUUGUAUGUUUUCUGUAGUUGAGGGUCUAAAUGUCCGGUUUUAAAGUUAAUGGGGGUAAAGUUGUAUUCAGGGAUAGUUGAGGGGUAUUCUUGUAAUUAACCCAUGAAAAUACUACUUCAUUUUUUGAUGAAAUUCUUUAGAGAAUCCCUCCCAUUUGUGUAGCUUCACACUUUUCUUUCUUUCCCUUAGUUUUGAGAGAUUAAUGGAAGAAAUCAAAUAUUUCAAAAGGCUCCCUUUUGUAACCAUUCUACUUUGAUUUCUCAUUACUGUUUUGAGAUAGAUAAAGAGUUAUGGUGUAGGAAGUUUUAAAAGCUUUUUUAUUUACUCUUUGUUAUUUUCUUUUACAAGGACCAUAAAUGGUAUAGAGGUUAUGACGUAGCGUGAUAGCAAGUGUUAUUCGCAUGGUUUGAUGCCUACCUACUACUUCUCCUAGACCCUGUUGUAAGCAGGAGCCUUUUCCACUGGAUAUGAACUUUUUAUGGAUUAUAAUUGAUGAAUUUUCUUGUACAGUAGCUUGCUUGAAAAGAGGGGAAGCACAAAGCAUCACUCUUUAACAUCAGUGACAAUAUAUGGCAUUUGAAACUUGUCCAGUUUGGACCUUCUUCCUAGAACAGAACAAAAUUGUUGAAUUUGAUGCAUUGUCACGUUUCAGAUAUAUCAUAACUGAUAAUUAUAUACAAAAAAUACAAGUGUGAGAGUACAUUAUAUAUUCUAGAUUGGAGCAAACAUUUGAAUGUAUUGUUUGAUUUCAGACAAAUGCUUCAUUUGGCAUGGAUGUUGUUAAGCUCAGCAAAAGCACAUAUAUGGAAUUGCAGAGGAAGAAGGUGCACCGUUAUGUGAUCUUUAAGAUUGAUGAGAAGAAAAAUGAGGUUGUGGUCGAAAAGACCGGAAGUCUAGCUGAGAGCUAUGAUGAUUUUGCUGCAUCUCUUCCUAAGAAUGAUUGCAGAUAUGCAAUCUAUGACUUCGAUUUUGUGACUUCUGAGAACUGCCAAAAGAGCAAGAUCUUUUUCAUUGCAUGAUAUCUGGUACUUGUUGAUUUGACUGUUGGGCAGUUUGUCUAUGUGGUCUGGAAGAGGAUAAAGCUUGGUGCUGAGAAGGCCAUCUUUAUCUUUGUCAAGAACAUUUUGCCACCCACUGCUGCCAUGAUGUCUGCAAUUUAUGAGGAAAACAAGGAUGAAGAUGGCUUCCUGUACAUGACCUACAGCAGCGAGAACACAUUUGGAUCAAUCUGAAUGCAUUCGAGCCAAU